UUCACAAAAGUUGUACAUUUUUAAUAUAUUGUUGAAGUGUUUCACAUCAUACUAUAAACUAUAGUGAUACAAAAACACUACUAUAGUUCAUAUGCACUGUACUUUACAUCUAAAUGUACACUAUUCAAAUAAUUGAUCAUGAAAUAUUUAAUUAUGUUAAUUUCUUUUUGGUAACGAUCCCAUCAGUUAAUGCAUUAACUAACAAGCAGCAGUACAUUUGUGACAGUGUUUAAUCAUUUUGAUUAAUGUUAGUCUGUGUUUCCAUUUCACAACUUAGUAAAUGUUGCAAAUAUCAUUCACUAACAAUGAGACAUGAAUUAGAAGUAGUUACAUAUGAACUAAUGUAGUUCCUCAUCUUCAGAGUGUUUCAUGUGUUUGAUCUCGAGCUGAGUCUGUGUGUGUCUGAUGGAGAGAUCGGCGUGUUCCUCCUGUGUUCCUCUCAGUGUGAUCGAGUGGAUUCGAUCAGUUCCUGUGCUGCUGGAGGUGGCACUGAUGUCCAGCGGUGGGCGGCACAGAACAGGAGCACAUUCAAUAACCGUCCUGCAGCUCUGAGCCGUGUAGAGCGUGGUGAAGAUGAAGGAGCCGUGGCGGCUCUGAGCUCUCCUCCAGAGAGAGAUGGACGUGCUGGAGGCUUCCGGAGCUGGUUCUGGAGCUGGUUCUGGAGCUGGUUCUGGAUCUGGUUGGUGUGGGAGCUGUGGGAACCGAUCAGACUGGGAGGAAUGGGAGGACCAGUCGCUCUUCACCGACACUGAGCUGGCGGUGUUAACGACGCUGUGUGUGCCGCUGCUGCUGCUCGGCCUGCUGGGAAACGCCCUGACCAUUCUGGUGGUGUGGCGACGCCCACAAAUGAGAAGCACCACCUACCUGUACCUGAGCAGCAUGGCCAUAUCAGACAUCCUCAUUCUGCUGCUGAUGCCUCUGGAUCUCUAUAAGCUAUGGCGGUUUCGUCCGUGGUUGCUAGGCGACGCCGUGUGCAAGCUGUCGAUGUUCGUGGGAGAGUGUUGCACGUUCUCGUCCAUCCUGCACAUGACUGCGCUGGGGGCGGAGCGAUACCUGGCCGUGUGCUUUCCCCUCCGCGCGCGACUGCUGGUCACCAGGGGGCGUGUCCGAGCGCUGAUCGCGGGGCUGUGGGGCGUGGCCAUGCUCAGCGCGGGGCCGGUGUUUGCGCUGGUGGGGGUGGAGCAGUUUGAGGGCGGAGCCAGCGAGUGCCGCUGCACACAGUACGCACUGACCUCCGGCCUUCUGAAAGCCAUGCUGUGGCUCUCCAAUCUCUACUUCAUCUGUCCGCUCACCAUCCUGUCGCUCCUGUACGGCCUGAUCGCCCGCCGCCUGCACCUGCGCGCGCACACACACCGAGACAAAACACACCGCCAGACCCUCCGCAUGAUGGUGGUCAUUGUGCUGGUGUUCAUCUUGUGCUGGCUGCCCUUCCACGUGAGCCGGACGCUGUUUUCGGUCUCAGACUCCAGUGAUCAGCUGUAUUACAUCAGUCAGUAUUUCAAUCUGGUGUCUUUAGUGCUGUUUUACGUCAGUGCCGCUGUGAAUCCUCUGCUGUAUAACAUCAUGUCUGCUCGCUACCGUGCUAACGUCCUCGCCAUGCUGCGGCUAACAGUGGGCUCCACGGAUGAGCUGCGCCACAGGGCCCGCACCUCCCCACUCACUGCCUCUCACUCCAGCACACACUUCUGACCACAUGUGUGUGUGUGUGUGUGUGUGUGUGAGGCUUGACACAAACUACAGGACUCUGGAGAAAACUACUGAGGUUUGUUAAAGCCACAAGAAUGCACUAAUUGUGUAACUGUAGGAUCUGGCCAAGCAUGUUUAUGUUCACUUUUUGCAUUAAUUCAUGUAUUUAGAGUCAGCACUGUCCCUUGUGUGCGCUGCAUAUCAACAACAGCACAUCUACAAAUGGACAGCGUCACUGAGCUUUUCAGCAACACUAUAUAUAACGUGUCUGUGUGUGUUUUUAUUGUAUUGUGUUGGAUGGGGCUUAUUUCAUAGAUAUUGAAUAAAAGGCUGUUCUUUGUGA